GGACUGAUGACCACAAAAGCCCUUCAGGUAGGACAGUUGAUCAUUGCAUUGCCUGAAAAAUGCUUGCUCACCACUGAUACUGUACUUAACAGCUACCUCGGAGAAUAUAUUAUAAAAUGGAGGCCUCCAAUUUCUCCUUUGACAGCACUGUGUACAUAUCUAAUAGCAGAAAAAUGGUCUCACAAGAAGUCUCUGUGGCAUCCUUACCUGGAUCUUCUACCUGAAACAUACAACUGUCCUGUGUAUUUGGAGCAAGACGCAGUGGACCUGUUUCCCGAGCCUUUGAGAAGAAAGGCCCAUGAACAAAGAAGUCUGGUGCAGGAGCUGUAUAACUCGUCCAAGAGGUUUUUCCUUUCCUUGCAACCUCUGUUUCCUGAAGACGUGCAGUCUGUUUUUAACUACAGUGCCUUCCAGUGGGCUUGGUGCACCAUAAAUACAAGAACAGUAUAUAUGAAGCAUUCACAGAAGGAAUGUUUUUCUAGAGAACCAGAUAACUAUGCAUUAGCCCCGUACUUAGACCUACUAAAUCACAGUCCAUCGGUCCAGGUGAAAGCUGCAUUUAAUGAAAAGACACGAUGCUACGAAAUACGGACGCUUUCACGCUGUGCAAAAUACAAAGAAGUAUUUAUUAACUAUGGCCCUCAUGAUGAUCAGCGCCUGCUUCUCGAAUAUGGUUUCAUUGCCACCAGUAAUCCACACAACAGUGUGCAUGUUGGCACAGAUACUCUUCUUAAAUAUCUCAUUCCAGAGGAUAAGCAGAGGCAUGCAAAGGUUUCCAUUUUGCAAGAGCACAAACUUUUAAACAAUCUGACGUUUGGGUGGGAUGGGCCCUCCUGGAGGCUUCUGACAGUGCUCAAGCUGUUGUGUCUUGAAACUCACCAGUUUACUUCAUGGAAGAAAGUGUUGCUUGGUGAUACCAUUUCAGAGAGGAAUGAAAAAAAAAGUUUGGACCUUGCAACAAAAAUACGUACAUCACUGACAGAGGAAACUCAGCAAGCCCUUCAGAAGGUUGCUCUUUUAAAAAAGGAUUAUGUGCAUCUUGUAAACCAGCUAACUUUAGUAGAGGCAUUACAUAUGGAAGAUCUAAAAAUCUUACUGCUGUCAGCUGAGAAUCUUUGACACUUAUGCUGCACAAUGAUUUGAUCUCCUUGGAGCAGGAUAGCAACUUGGAAUUUAUUUGGAGUGCAGAGUCUCUCUCUCUUUUUCUUAAGCAGAGGCCACAAAUGGAUUUUGUCUCAUGAAGCCUAGAGAUCUGGAUGGAACUGAAACUUUCUGGCCUAACUUAUUGUACUAAGGGAGGAGCUUCAGUUAUCAGACAAGGCCCCCUUUAAUACAAAAAUAUGGUCAGCAUGAUGAUUACAGAGCAAGAAAGUAUGAAGGACCUCGCGACUGAAGGACUGAUCGAGGAAUUCAGAUCAAGCAAGAUAGAAACAGGUGAUCAGUAAUGAUUCUGUAACUAAGUUCUUGCCCUGACCUGGAUAGCCUAGGUUAGCCUGAUCUCAGAAGCUAAGCAGGGUCAGCCCUGAU